AUGUCAGAAAAGGAUAUUCCCAAUACUCCUCAGGAUUACGUUGACCUUUACAAGGAGUGCUGGUCCGAUAAUCCGGACCAACGUCCAACACUACUUAAAAUUUCAAAACAGCUCAAGAAACUUUCAAAUAAGGCAUCCAUCAAAUUCAUUGUAAACAGUAUUAGCAGCAAACAAUGUAUUAAUGCAAUCAUUGUUAAUAAUGAUCAAUUGAAAUUUACGUUCGAAGACCUGGAUAAAUCGGCAAACUUGAGUUAUGUUCGUCGGCGUCUAUCAAUAGAAAAAGAUUUAAUGUUGGGUCGACAAAAUGUCUAUUUUUAUGAUCGAUUUGGUGGAAAAAUAUCACGAGACCAUGAAAACAAUUAUACACUUGAAACUAUUUUGAUUAAAGAUGGCUCUGACUUUUCGUUUUAUAUAGAAAGCGACCUUUCAAAACCAAGUUUUCCAAAAAUUGUUCAACUUCUUAAUCUAGAUAAAGGGUGGACAAUUGAUGGUGAGGACAUGAAGACAGCAAGUAAACCAGCAUUUUUCAUUAAAAAUCUUCAUGAGAAAGAUAUCAAAAUGCAGAAUGAAUAUUCCAUUAAUAUGGGUGAGAGAAAUAAUGUAUAUUAUCAGACAGGCAAUAUUCAUCUAUUUCUGAAAGAUUUGCAAGUUAGUACCGAAUAUAUUGAAGCUAUCGAAGAUGCACUGGAUGUCAAUAAAAGUGUUGAAGAGCAAAGAGAAGCUUUGAAUAAUGUUGGAAAAGAAUAUGGUUACUUCUGGAUGAAAAACGUAAAACUUGGAAGAAAACUACAAAUUCAAGUAGAGAAAAUGUCAGAAUCUGCUUCAAUUGACCAACAAGGAAUUGCAUCAAGCAAUAUGGCAUAUGAAAUUUUCGAAAAAGAAGAUAUAUUACGUGAAAUUUUUAUAUACGCUGAACUUGACAAAAUAUAUUCAUGUAUCUUUGUCAAUAAAUUAUGGUGUGAAACAGCAGUACCUAUACUUUGGCAAGGACCAUUUAUACCUAAUUGUUUUCCUCAACCAGACGAAAAAGCAUGGAAAUCUUUUAAACAUCUUGCUAGAACUUAUUUACUUUGUCUUACUGAAAGUAGAUAUGAGUUUUUAAAAAAUGAAGGAUUGACUUUACCAUCGAAAUCUUCACCAAUGUUUACAUAUUUAUCUCAUCUGAAAGUUUUAGAUUUUUCAUUUAUUUAUAAUGCAGCAGACUCUUGGAUUGAUGAUGAAAAUAAAUUGAUCAUCGAUGAAAAUGAAUUUGAACAUUACAGAGAAAUAUUGAGAAAAACCUUAAUCGAAAACAUAAUUGGAAAGGCAAAUAAUAUUCAAUUCAUUCAUCUUGAUGGAAAUAUACAAGCACCAAUCCUCAAUAAAGAUACACAAAGUUUACAAGAUUUAAGAAGAAAUAUUUCUGAAAUAUUUGAAUCUUUACAAAGUCAAUCUGGUUCUUUAAGUUCUCUAGUAAAUCUUUCAUUAAAAGAGAUUGACUUUAAGCAAGAUAUUAUUGAUUCUAUGAAUUCCUUUUUUGACCUAAAAAAAUUACAAAAACUUGAGUUCUGUAAAAAUGGCCAUUUUAAUCAGGAUACUGUACCUUUAAUCACAAAAAUAAUCGAAUCUGCCAAUCAAUACCUUCAACACUUAGAAUUAUCCAUGGUUCCUUUAUCUUUAGAGAAUAAAACCAAAAUUGUUAACACUAUCACUCAGAAUUGUGAAAACCUUGUUCAUUUAAAUAUUCGUACUUUAUCAAAUUCUGAAAUUAUAUCAAUUUUAAUUAGUUGUCAAAAAUUAAGAGUACUAAAAUUCUAUACUGAGAAUAAUUUUUAUCAGGUUAACUUGAUUGAUAUAGCUGAACAUUUAUCACCAUCGUUAAAAACUUUAAAUAUUAUUAUUACAACAAAAUAUUAUUAUCCUUCUUUUGAUUCUUUUAAAUCAUUUAUUGAAAAUUUGAAUAUUAAUAGUAGGCUUGAAGUUCUUAAUGUUAUUAAAGUUGGAAUUUUUCAAUUGGAAAAUGAAAGCAAACAAUUACUUGAGAAGCGUGGGAUUAGGCUUAACGAUUUUAAAUUUAUUCGCCCUUAUUGA